AUGGCCCGAAGGCGGAAAGCUAGGCAUGAAAUCCACGCCGCCGGCACCCAGGUUGUCCAUUUUGUCCGUUGCGGACGCUCGGGUUCGGUGACGGAGAAGAAAGGGGAGCGCGACGCGCAAGAUACAUAUCCAAAGUCAGUGGGGGCCAUUGUCUUCGAGCAACUGGUCGGAUGUACUUACAGCGCGUCCGAAGGCGAAUUCUACCUGAGUAUGAAGAAGUGA